CCCUAAUUCCACCAAACUAAUUUACAGCUUUUCUUUUUUUUUUUCUUCUUCUCUGAUCAUCUGUGCACCGCCAUCCCUCUGUCACAGUUGAUCAUCUUCUCAGGUUAUCAUCACUUGCCCAUCUUUUCCGUCUGAGUUGAUCGAGUGUGAGAAUCAAUGGAUGUUGACAUGAUAAAUUCAUCACCGUCAUCAGUUGCAGCAGAAGACCACAUGGAAAUCAUGACAAUGAUGAUGCAAAUGGAAAAGCUUCCUGAAUUCUGUGACCUUAAUUUCCACGCCAGUAAUUCCUCUUUGCAUCCCGAGAUUCAAUUCUCUACUUCUGGAAAUACAUUGCAGCAGCCAAUAUUUCAACACCCGAAUACCAACAUCAAUCCGACUUCGUGUUCUUCUUCUUCCUCCACCUCGUCUAUGUUGAUAAAUCUACCUACUUCUACAUCUUUCAUGGCCAACCCAGUUCCAGAAACGUCAAUUAGCACUCACCAUCUUCAUCAUCCCAGUGUACCCACGUCGGGAAAAUUCAGAUAUGGAGGGCUAGGCCCAUUGUUCUCUAACAAUGCGAACUCGUACGCGUCGUCGGUUGAGAAGAAAAGCUCCAUGGCUGCAAUGAGGGAGAUGAUCUUUCGUAUAGCGGCAAUGCAGCCGAUUCACAUCGACCCGGAAUCCAUUAAACCUCCGAAGAGAAGAAACGUGAGGAUCUCAAAGGACCCGCAGAGCGUUGCGGCUCGGCACAGACGGGAAAGGAUAAGCGAGCGGAUAAGGAUUUUGCAGAGACUAGUGCCGGGCGGAACGAAGAUGGACACGGCUUCGAUGCUCGACGAGGCCAUACAUUACGUCAAGUUUUUGAAAAGACAGGUGCAGUCGCUGGAACAAGUUGCAGCUAAUCGCCCGAUGGGUUCGGGUCUCGGUUUAUCGGGUGCAACCUUGGCUACGAAUAUGGGCUACUCGCCUUUGGUGAAAGCUUGCCAACCUUCUAAUUCAGCUCAUUAUCAUCAUCAAGCGAUGGGGAAUAUUCAGAUGCUUAGAUGAAAUUAAUGGAAAUUUAUGGGUUAAUGUUGAUUAUUAAUUGUGU